AUGGAAGGGUACAGCUUAGAGAAGGACUUUCGUAGUGUAGCCCUUGGAGAGGGUAUCAUUCAGGAUAUGCAAUUGAGCUUGACAGGGGUACAGCAAAUUAUGGUCAAGAUUAUUUUGUUUGAUGGAACACUGCACGACACAAAAAAGUUGCACGUUGGAAAACCUGAACUGAACUGUGUUCGACGUACCUUCUGUGUCAAGCAGCUCCGGGAUGAUAUCCCAAAUACUAUGGUAUGA